AUGGCGAAGGAUGGGUGGGCUUGCUGGGUCUUUCUAAUUACAUCAUGUUGCCCUCCUACCUUUAUAGCUGUCAGCCCAGGACCACAACAAUACUCAGCACACGCCUUGACAACCUGUUUACUACCAGUCACAUCCCUUGUUACGAUCUACAGUAAAUUAUCUCAUUGCAAACAUCUCAUGAUGGCAUCUGCACGGUCGACAAUAACGUUGCGUCAGGUUGUCUGUGGGAGCUCGAGACCAUCGCGAAUCCAGCCUUCCACAGCCUUUCUGCAACGACGAACACUGGCAACGCAUCGAGACAUUACCUACAAGCAAACACCGUGCGAAAAGCGAGACAAUGUAGGCAGCAGAAAGCACAGCGAUUUCGACAUUGGCGGGAAGGUCUUUGUGGUCACGGGAGGUGGCCAAGGUCUUGGGUUCUCGAUCACUGAGGGUCUCGUCGAAGCUGGUGGUACUGUGCACGUCCUCGAUAGAUCGCCGGAGCCGACGAAAGAGUUCGAAGAAGCAAGGGCACGCGCAAAAGAGGAGUUUGAAGGCGGAUUAGUGUAUCACCAGGCUGAUGUCACGGAUGCGGAUAUCUUGGGGGCGACGAUUGCCGACAUCGCAGCCCAGAAGCAGCGACUGGAUGGACUGGUUGCAGCUGCUGGGGUCCAACAAGUGACCAAGGCAAUCGACUACAAGUCAGAAGACAUUGCGAAGAUGCUCGCCGUCAACUACACUGGAGUGUUCCUAGCAGCGCAAGCCUGUGCUCGUGAGAUGCUUAAAUACAAGAUCGAGGGGUCGUUGUGUCUGGUAGCCUCCAUGAGUGGAUCAAUCGCGAACAGGGGGUUUGACGCUCCGGUGUACAAUUCGUCAAAAGCUGCAGUGGUUCAGUUGGCACGCAGCCUGGCCAUGGAAUUCGGCAGAAAAAGGGAAGAUGGUUCUGGCGGAAUUCGAGUCAACUCCCUCAGUCCAGGUCAUAUCGUGACGCCCAUGGUAGAGGAGAACUUCAGGAAAGGUGAGGCAGAUCGAUCGAAAUGGGAAGAUAACAACAUGCUCAGGAGGAUCAGCACGCCGGAGGAAUACAAAGCUGUGGCGCUGUUCAUGCUGAGCAAAGCAAGCAGCUACAUGACAGGACAUGAUCUGAAGAUUGACGGAGGCACCACAGCUUGGUAG